CAUAGAGUGAGAGCGACGGGGGGUGAGGAGAGGAUCAUUCAUCGCAAUUAAGCCUCACCCACCCCUACGCCAUUUCCCUUCCAAAGCCUCUUCCUAUUUCUCAAUUACCUUUUUUCCAGAGUUGAACAGACAACUUGAGAGAUAACAGGAAUGACGAUGCGGUCUGAGAAAUUUUCUCUAGAUUUUGUAAUGGGAGGGGUGGCAGCAGUGAUAUCAAAAAGUGCAGCUGCACCACUAGAGAGAGUGAAACUUUUGUUGCAAAAUCAAGGAGAGAUGAUAAAGAGAGGACAACUCAAGAGACCUUAUAUGGGUGUUGGUGAGUGCUCCAGAAGGAUCUUUAGAGAAGAAGGCCUUUUGUCUUUCUGGAGAGGUAAUCAGGCGAAUAUCAUACGAUAUUUCCCCACUCAGGCUUUCAACUUUGCAUUAAAAGGUUACUUCAAAAGCAUUUUUGGACGCUCAAAAGAGAAGGAUGGAUACAUAAAGUGGUUUGCUGGUAAUAUGGCUUCAGGAAGUGCAGCAGGAGCAACUACUUCAUUGUUUCUAUACCAUUUGGAUUAUGCACGUACUCGACUCGGCACUGAUGCGAAGGAGUGCCGAGUUAAUGGUCAGCGCCAGUUUAAAGGGCUACUAGAUGUUUACAGAAAAACCUUGUCAAGUGAUGGAAUUGUAGGCCUUUACCGGGGCUUUGGAGCUUCAAUCAUGGGAAUAACUCUGUAUAGAGGCAUGUAUUUUGGGAUCUAUGACACCAUGAAGCCGAUUGUUCUUGUCGGGUCUUUUGAGGGGAAUUUCUUUGCUAGUUUCCUGCUGGGUUGGAGCAUCACAACGGUCUCUGGCGUUUGUGCCUACCCCUUUGACACGGUGCGACGGAGAAUGAUGAUGACCUCUGGACAACCUGUGAAGUACCGCAAUUCCAUUCAUGCUUUUCGUGAAAUCAUUCGCCUUGAGGGUUUCACAGCACUUUUUCGAGGAGUUACUGCAAAUAUGUUUCUGGGUGUGGCAGGGGCUGGAGUACUUGCAGGAUAUGAUCAGCUUCACCGGAUUGCAUACAGACAUGGUUAUUGUUUUGAGCCACCUCAAAGAGUUCUAAAGUGAAUCCUGGCAGUAGGAUUUGUAUAGUAAUGCAGUUAUAAUUUUUUACCCUAAAAGGGUCAACUGGAAAUUUACUUUGAGAAAGUAGAAAGGAAAAAAAGAAAGGAAAAAAUAGGCGAAGAAGAUUGAAGAGGCUAGGAAGGAAACGUUGACCUAUUGGGAGAGCUUCCUCCUAGUAUGCCUAGAAGAUCAAAAGAUUAAAUGUAAUGUCUUUGUACAGUUAAUAAUUGUUUUGUUUUGUUUGUGAUACAAUUAAUAGUAUUCUAGUUUUUUCAACAGAAUUAGGUAAACAUUUUGUUUCGCAAUAGAACUAUAAAGGUCUUCUUCAAAGUGACGCGUUCUGAAAUGGUAGUUCAAUCGGUUGGAGACUACA